GUUAACUGCUGCUUGUGCGCAGACGCGCCUCAGGGAGCGAUCAGAGGAUUUACAGGAAGAACAACAAGCAGGGAAGAAAAGAUUACAACUUAAAAGAAGGAGUCCUUCUUCUGCGUAGUCAUAGAAGUGAUAUUUUGCAUCUGUCUGGGAUCCUUUCAGAGUGGAUUAUCAGUGAGACAGUGUAGAAGGGAUCCCUGGGCCUGCAGUCGGUCCCAUCUCCUCCCUCCACACACCGCCCUGCUCUCAUGGAUGCACUGAACCGGACUCUCCUUUGUCUUGUUUUGGGAUUUAUGGAGCUCGCAGCUGCAACAGUUAAAACCACAGUGGGAAAAGAUGCUGUCCUCCCCUGUAAGGUGGAAAAACAGGGUGACCUAAGGGUGCUGCAGUGGAGCAAAGAAGGUCUGGGGCAAGAUUAUGUUUUCUACUUUAGAGAUAACAAACCUUUAGAAAGCUUCCAGAACCCGUCCUUCAAGGGCCGAGUGAAGCUCCAGGAUGCGAAGAUGACCGAUGGAGAUAUGUCCAUCGUCCUGUCCAACACCACGCUCAGUGAUGCAGGGAAAUACAGCUGCAAGGUCGUCAUGGAAACCGAGACAAUAAAAACCAUCAGUCUGGAGGUCAACGAAAAAAAGGAAGAAGAAGUCAAUGACCUCGGGCUGAAAGUAGGCCUUCCGAUUGGCCUGUUGGGGCUUCUAGCUGCUGUCGUUGGUGGAUUUUUCUGGUAUCGCCAAGGAAAGAACACAGACACGCUGUGAACAUCAGCCUCCAUCAAUUU